GAACAGCAAGCGAGAAACAAUAAAACAGCUGUAUUCAGUCACUAGACUUAGACUAGAUCUAUUAUUGUAACAGUUUCUAGAUUCUAGUAGAUAAUCUCUAUCUAGAUCUAGUAGAGUUGUAUAGAAAAUAUUUAUAGAUCUAGAUUCUAUAUUGAUCUAAUUUAGUCUAAGGGGUUAUAAUGCUAUAUUUUAGACAUCUAGAAUCUAGAUUGACUAGAUUCUAGAUAGUAGAUAGAUUCAGUAUUCAGAUUGAUAGAUCUAUCUAAAUCUAGAAUAAUUAGGGUCAUCUAGACUUAAUGAUAAUCUAACUUAAUGUCAUUAAUGAUACUUAAUCUAAGUCGACUACAUCUAGUCACUAGAUCUAAGUCAGUAAGUGGCUGAGCCUUAGCCUUAAACCUAAAAUUUAGGCUAAAUUGCCAUAAAAAAUCUAUUAUUAUGACAAUUUUAAAUGAAUUUUUGAAUUUAUAAAAUCAAUUAGGUCUAGUUUCUGUUCACUGCUAGUGACCAUGACUACUAACUAGAUCUAGUAACUAGUAACUAUUCUAUGUAAAAUUCUAGAUUUAGAACUCCUAGACUAGAUUUAUAAAUAUUAAAAUAAAGUAGAAAACUAGUUUAAGAAGACUAAGUCUAAAGCAUAUGAAAUGAACGGAUCUCUUACGAAAGAGCAGACUUUAAAUCUACGGAAACAAUUUAUUGGCCCAUCAUGUACAUUAUUUUUUAAAUCUGAUCCAGUCAAAAUUGUGAGUGCUAAAGGGCAGUACAUGUAUGAUGAGGAGGGGCAUGAAUAUUUGGACUGCAUCAAUAAUGUGGCUCAUGUGGGUCACUGCCACCCCCAAGUUGUUGCUGCAGGAGUUGAACAGAUGGGUCAGCUUAACACAAACUCACGUUUCCUACAUGAUAACAUAGUUCUCCUGGCACAGAAGCUGGUCAGCCAUUUGCCUAAUCAGCUUUGCAUGGUGUACUUUACUAAUUCUGGGUCUGAGGCUAAUGAUCUCGCUCUAAGACUUUCUCGCCACCAUACUAAAGGAACAGAAAUAAUUGCUUUAGACAGAGCUUACCAUGGCCAUGUUGUAUCACUGAUAGAUCUAAGUACAUAUAAACUGGAUAGAAUGAUAGAUGGUGUGCAUACAAAACCAGACUUUGUUCAUAUUGCUGAAUGUCCUGAUACUUAUAGAGGAAAAUAUAAUACAGCUAGCAAUCCUAAUGAUGAUCUUGCCACAUUGUAUGCCAAUAAUGUGGAAGAUAUUCUUGACAACAUUGCCAAAAAGGACAAACAAGUAUGUUGUUUCAUUGCAGAGUCCAUGCAAAGCUGUGGAGGUCAAGUGAUUUAUCCUCCUGGCUAUCUCACUAAAGUAUUUCAGUCUGUGCGAGCAGCUGGUGGUGUUUGCAUAUUAGAUGAAGUUCAAGUUGGCUUUGGUAGAGUAGGCACCCACAUGUGGUCUUUCUCAACUCAGAAUGUUGUACCAGAUAUUCUGACAUUGGGUAAACCCAUGGGAAAUGGUCAUCCUCUCUCUGCUGUCAUUACAACAAAAGAAAUAGCAGCUAGCUUUGAAGGUUGUGGUGUAGAGUAUUUCAAUACUUAUGGAGGCAACCCAGUCUCAUGUGCUAUAGGACUUGCCGUGCUAGAUGUAAUAGAAAAAGACAAACUCCUGGAGAAUGCUGUCAAGAUUGGCAAACUAAUGGAAACCAAGCUUAAUGAGCUCAAAGAGAAGUACACUCUUAUUGGAGAUGUUAGAGGAGUAGGCAUGUUUUGGGGUUUAGACCUAGUAAAAAGUAGAGCCACAAGGGCACCAGCUACAGAGGAAGCUGCAUAUAUUGUUUCAAGGUUGAAGGAGGAGUAUAUAUUAUUCAGCAGAGAUGGUCCAGAUGAGAAUGUUCUCAAAUUCAAAGCUCCAAUGUGUUUUAACAAGGACAAUGUUGAGCACCUCAUCUUAAAGCUAGAUAAAAUAUUGGCUGAACUGACUUCUAACAAAGAGCAUUGAUCUUGAAAGAAAUAGUUUUUUUUUAAACUUAAUUUUAUUUUUCUAAUUAGCUUUAUAGAUGAGUGAUUUAUAGAAUGUCUUUGAUAGACUUUUAAAUAUUGAGUGAUUUUAUAAGAUUGAGCUAUUACAAUUGAAAGGGUCAUGGAUAAUUACUCUGUGUUGUGAUAUAAUAAAUGCCAUGAAAUAUUUUGUAGCUUUGAAAAGGUUGAAACUAUACAUUCAUACGCAAAUAUCUAAGUUGAAUAUGAGCACUAUUUUUUUCUUUAAAAAAUUUAUGAUGACAUUAUUAGUCAGGGAAAAUUGUAAUGCUUAUAGAAUCAAAGAAAAUUUUAUCUACUUCUUUGUUAUAUAAAUAAUGCAAUUAGUUUUUCUUGAUUUUGUUAAAUUAUUUUGAAAUAGUAUUAGUGAUCUAUCAUGUCCUAUGUACUUUAAUUGUCUUCAUGAUCAUGUUUUUUUUUAUAAAGCUUAUCUAAACUCACUCUGUCUGUCUUACUGUCUGGUAAAAUGUUUGACCACGUUAUUUCUCCCACACCCAAUAUAAAAAACACACCCAAAGUUUAAACUUUGCACAAUUAUUCAUUGACCUAGACAAGACAUGAAUCAAUUAAAUAUUUGUCAAUAAUUAUUUCAUUGAUAUUGAAUAUGAGAAAUAAUGUCUACAUUAUUUAGUGAUAUAAUUGUAAGUGCAGAGUUCUUUCCUUUAGAUAAGCUUUAUUUAUUUUUUUUAAGGAUUUUUUAUAUUUUGCUUGUUUAAAGUAUUUAAGUCGCCAUAUUUCCUGAAUAACAAUAAUGUCUUAACCUUAUUAGGCUUUCCUUAGGACUAUAUCUGUCAUGAGCUUAGUAUAGGCUCUUUUUUAGCUUUCCUUCUUUUGUGGAUUUUUAUUUAUCACUAAAAUUACUCUGUAAAACAGUUGCAUAUCAUGGAAAGAGAUCUAAAUACAGAGUAAAGUAGUCAAAGUUCUCCUUUCAGACCUUGUGGUCUAUAGGGCAGAUGUUGUAAAGGUCAUCUGUUUCUGUGGCCUACAGUUUAUAAGGGUAUGUGCUCAGCAUAACAACCAACCAUCUUUACAUUUCCCCAACUAAUGUCAGGUACCCAUUAGAGCUGGGUGGACGCAGAGGCACCCAAGGUUCCUGAAAUAAAAAUCCCAGUCUUCACCAGGAUUUUAAACCGUGUACCCAGUUUGGAAGCCAAGCGCUUUACCACUCAGCCACCAUGCCUCCAAAAUACAGAGUGGGGGGGGGGGGGGGGGCUCUUAUUGUUGCUAUCUCUCCUGUUGAUGAAAAUAUCUCCAUCACCAUCUGAUGUCUCUACCAGUUUAUUAAAGGAUUGGCAUAUGUUUAUUUAAUUACUUCUUUGUUUAAGGGACAUUAAGAUAAACUGGAUAUUUGAAAUACUUUUAUUACAAAGUUUAUAUCAACUCACUCUGUCUUGUAAAAAGUUUGUACAGGUUAUUUCUCUGACACCCAAUCUUGGAUCUAGCUGAAAUUUUGCACAAUUAUUUCUAUUACUUGACAACUGAAUAAAAAAAAAAUUAACCAUUUAGUUGAUUAAUUAUUUUGUUUGGUAUAUAGAACAAGGGAAAGAAAUUGUCAUUGACUGAAGUGGUAGUAUAAGUCCCCUUUAUAGGUUAUCGCUUUUAAGUAAGUUUGAAACAAACAAUACAUAACUAUACAAUCUUCUAUAGUCAUAGGCACCUCCCUAGCAGAGAGGUUAGAAUGUUGGCUUGACGAGAUGUAAGCCAUGAGUUCGAAUUCAGUUCCCCACCAUUUUUUUUUUGUAAAUGUGUUAAAAACCUUUAAAAACUUAAUAUAACCUUUUUUUUUUUAAAAACAAAAAUAUUUAAUAUGUUUUUCUUGUUUAUUUAUUUCUUUAAAUUUCCAAAUAAAAACAUAAACCAUUUUGCAUUUGGCUAUAACAUCAAUAUAUAGUAGCUGUUUACAAGUUCACAUUUAUUGUCUUUUUUUUUGGCAUUCAUUCUUCGUUUUUAAAAUACAUGCUCAUUCUUAAUAUUUGUUUUUGAAUUUUAUGCUUUUGGUGAUGACCCUUUCUCUUAACUUUGAUCUGAUCAUUUUUUUUCACAGCUGUACCAAAAGUGUAAUGGUAUAUCUAAUGUAUGCAAAUAUAUUUUCAGUUAAAAUUUUACUUUUAUUGAAAUGGACAAACUUUGCCUGCAUUAAACUUUAUUUGGCAACUCAAUGUCCUUAAUGUGAUAAGAUUUAUCUUGACUUAUUUCACUUGUUGACAUUGCUUUAUUGAUGUCAGAGUAUUUAAACAGAUUCCACCCUGUAAACUUUAUUUAUCUUUAUCAUGGGCAUUGGCCAUUUCCUUUCAUCUCUAUGAUCACUACCAAUGUUGAAACUGUCAUGAGCAUUUGACAUGUGUUGAUAUUAUAGUGGUUGUUCCAUAACUAGGAAUUCAUUUCUACAUAUUUAACUGCUUGAAUUGUUUUCGUGAUAACAAAAUUGUAAAGAAAUCCUCUGGGAAUGAUAAAUAUUUGAUGUGUGUGUGAUAUAAAUUAUUUCAACUUGUUUCUCACUACCUCCAUCAAAUGGGAUUGAGCUCAUUUCUGAGUUGUACAAAUAUCAAUAAAGUCUUAACUAGAAUGUAA